GUGCAGCCGCAGUCGAGCAACAGUCAUCAUGAAAACGAUACUUCACCUUGUCAUUGUCUCUCUCAUCUCUCUCCUCUCGAUGCCGGACACCGUCGAGGCACUCAGAUUCAGACGCAACGAGAGAAGAACGAACGAAUUCGACAACUGCCUAAACAAAUCGCCACUCGAAUGCUCCAACUACAAGUGCCACUAUCUCAACCCGCGGACGCUGCACGCCAAGACGGAGCGAUGCUACUACGACAAGCUGCAGAAGAGCUGUCUGUGUCCGAGAGAAGAGGCGGCAGUUCCUUGUCAGGUGCAUGGAAGAGACACCUGUAAGCAGUCGGAGUGUCCGUACGCUAAAAAGACCGGCCGAUCUCGACCGAAUUGCGUGUGGGACGAGCAUAAGUUGAGGUGCAAGAGCCCCGAGCCAUCCUUCUUCUACAUGUUGACAGAGCAGGACGGAGAACUUUACUUGAUCGAUCCGGACGACCAAACAAUGAAAUACAUACGCAAUAUUGACGGAGGCGUCAGCAUUGCCUCAUCAAUUCACACAGUCAAUGGCAUCUAUGCAGUCAUCACAUCAAGAAAAUCCCAAUCUCUCUUGCAUUUCCCAAAUGUGUAUGAGACCAAAGGCAAUGGAACACACUUCAGGCGAUCGAGACUGCAGAACAUAUUCGCCAUGGGUGAAGGCCGGAGAGGAGAGACCGAUCUGUUUGCAGCAAAGAAACAGCAAUCCGAGAUCUACAAGUUUUCUCCCGGAAAGAGGAUCAACAAGCCACUCGGUUCCGGACAACACAAAUUUGCUGGAGAUCUGGCAACCAAUCCACACACCGACAAGAUCUACGGACUAUCAAACCAAGGAGUAUUCGAAGUCAAUCCAGCCAAUGGAUCGCAUUCUGACAUUUUAGUUUCGCUGCCAAAAGGCACACAAUAUGCACUAGCGUUUACUUGUGAUGGCCGUCUAUGGGCAUCGGGAUCGAACAAGAAAAUUUAUGAGGUCGACGUGUUGACGAGACGGUCGAAAUUUCUUAUGACACUCGGAGUGCAUACACCAUUGGACUUUGCAUCACAGCCCGGCUGCUAGCAGAGAUCUUAUCUAUUGCAGAAAUUUUAAAUUAAAUUUUUACAGUUAUAUAUUUUGAACUGGAUUGUACAUGCCUAAUAUUGCUGGUGUAAUAUUUAAGUUAAGUAAUAGAAUUAGUAGUUUGAAACCGUGAUCAUUGUCUGAUAGAGUGA